ACCAAAUAUGCACGAACAUGUUUGGAACAUUUUAGUAAUGCGAGCUACAGAUAGGCUACAAAGAUUUUUUAAUUCGGUGGCUACAAAAUCAUUUCCCGCAAAACGAGAUCGAGUUUUAUUACGCGUUCUUCCUGGUACCUCUCCAAAAUUAAUAACGAGUAACGAUAUAAAUAACGAUAUAAUAACGAAUAACAAUAAUGAUUCAAUUCCUUUUUCAUAUAAGAUUAAAGGUGUGAGUUUAAAUGAUAAAGAUAAUGAAGACGGUAAUCAAAGAUUUUAUAUAGAUAAUGAAAAUCCGAUAGAUGGAUUGCAAUGUGUGUUCGUUCUUGAACACGAUGAAAUUUUAUGCAAUGAUCAUGAACCAAAAAAUAAUGGUGCAAAUAAUGAGAAAAACUCUUCAAUGCCAUCAGAGGAAAAAAUAAAUUCACUGACAAAACAAAAGCAACAAUAUCAAGAAAUAUAUUCGCAAAUACCGCCAAAACCAUUUGGGACAAUACAUCCUGUGACUUUUCUUGGAAAAAACAAUAAAAAGUUUACGCAAAAUGUACCAUUUUAUAAUGUCCAAUAUAUUUGGGGUAGCAGAGGUGUUGGAAGAUUUAAAGGAUUUUUGAAAAUUCCCAAAUACGAGAAUCCAAUGUUGGGAAUGAUAACUCAUAGACACACUAAACAGUUGGCUAUUUCUUUGUGGAAGUUAAGAGGAUUUGUCAUAUAA